GACGGAAGCAGCAUCCAGCAUCCACUGAUUGCCGGGAGUUCGCGGGAAACUGUCGUUACGUCGCACUGUCCGACCGUAAUUAGAGGCUAUUAGAGCCAUACAACUGAUAAUAUUAAAUGAAUAUGAGCCUCUCAUUAAUCUGUACUAUCUUUCCGUGCGUUGUGGGAAAAAACUAAGCCCCGAUAACCUCAAACAACAAGCUUUUCAAGAGUGCAACGCUACCAAUGCUAAAUAGCAGAGCUAGUUACCGCUAACGUUAGGUGCUUAACCUAGGCAAGAUUACAAUUAUAUCCACAGCUGGACAACGUCUUUAUUCAGCUUAACAUCUUACCGACCAAAGUGAGAACCUCUUCUGCUCUACUUGAACAAGCUUUUAAGAUGAGUGUUUUCAAUUUAGACCGUUUUCGAUUCGACAAACAGCAAACGGCGACGACAGACAAAGAGCAGGACACUGGCUCCAUCAGCCCCGAGUCUGAGAAGGAAAACAAGCCAGCUAAAGGCAAAACUUCCAAAAGCCCUUCAAAGUCUCGUGUCCGAGGAGUGGUGUUUGACGACGUCAUCUGUGACUCCGAGGAGGAGGACGGCUCCUUUUCUAGUCCACCAACAAUAACAUUAACCAGGAAAGUCAAAUCUCCACUUCAAUGGGAACUUAUGAAGAAAGCAUCCUCAAAGAAGGAAAAAGGUCACAAGGAAGAAAGCGACACUGAGCUCGAUGAACGAAUUGAGAAACUCCAGGAGGUGUUCCCUCAGCGGUCCAGACAGGAGCUACUCGAGGUGAUUGAGAGCACUAGCACAUUGGAUGGGGCUGUAGCUGUGUGUAUGGCCAAGUAUCAGGAUAAAGAAGCCUCCCCAGGCAAGAGUAAAAAAAGAAAACAACCUGGAACCAGCAGUCCCCAAGAGAGUGAUGUCAUUCUGCCUAACAAGAAAAGGAAACCAUCCUUGACCGAAGCUUCUGAAGAUGGAGAAGAUGUUGACGAUGAAGAAGACGAUGACAAAGAGCAGGAUGAGGAGGAAGGCGAGGAGCCAAGCUGGGAAAAGCAGGAAGUCAUGGUCAGAAGACUGCAGAAGAAGUUCCCUGACCAAGACAAGGAGGAGCUGAGGCAGGUUCUGCAGGAGCAUGAAUGGAAUUCUGAAGAAGCCCUGGAGGUUCUCAGAAUGUUCUCCGGUAACGACGAUACCAGCUUCAGUCCACCUGAGAACAAGGAAUGGAAACCCUCCAACUCUGAGAAGACAAAAGACCAAAAGCGAGCCCAGAGGGCGACCCGGGCAGCCCGAUACAAAGAAGACAGCGAUGAGGACGACUCCACAAACCACAGCAAUACAAAAAAAACGAGCAACUGCAGAAAUCGCGAGGGCCGCAAAGACAGCGAAAAAGAGUCUAAAAGCAGCAGCAGCAGCUCCUCCACGCUGUCCACCUGGCUCAGCAAGGACUCCAAGGAAACCGCGUUGUCUCUCGCUCCGCGGAAAAUUAAGACCACAACCACCUCUUCUGCCGCCUCAUCCGUCAGUGACAUGCUCUCCAAGUUCGCCAGCGGGACCAGCUUGGCGAAGAAGGAGGCGGUGGAGAGGAAGAGGAAGGCCCUCGCCUCAGACCAACACAUGAGCUCGGAGGGGGAGGGCGAGGAAGAGGAGACGCCCACCAGCGACUACGAGGACUCUGGGGACGAUCUGUCAUCUGAAGAGGAGGAAGGGGAUGGAGGACGCGCCGAGCGGUCGGACCGAACGACCCUCAAAGGCCAGAUACUCAAGUUCUUUCAGGAGGCUUCGCUGGACGAGCUGUCGUUGAUGUCAGGCUGCUCCGUCAAAAAGGCCCAGAAGAUUGUGGAGCUCCGGCCCUUCGACAGCUGGCAGACUCUCAAAGAGAUCUUACACAAGGAGAAUGGCCUGACGGAGGAGCUGCUGGUCGGAUGUAAAGUUGUCCUGAAGGAGAGGAGCGCCGUUCAGAGUCUCAUGUCCAAAUGUACGAACAUCUCCUCAAAGAUGGUCAAGCAGGUCACCCAGAUCAUGACCAAGGGAGUGGGCAGGAAACAGCCCAGCAUACUCAACAGCCAGUAUCAGCUGAAGCCAUAUCAGCUGAUUGGGCUGAAGUGGUUGCUUCUGUUGCAUCAACACAAACUGAGUGGGAUAUUGGCUGAUGAGAUGGGUCUUGGGAAGACCAUCCAAGCUAUAGCGUUUCUCUCUCAGCUCUACCAAGAUGGUAUAGAAGGUCCUCACCUCAUUACAGUACCUGCCUCAACACUAGAUAAUUGGGUGAGAGAGCUGAAGCUGUGGUCUCCGAAACUUAAAGUUCUAGUGUAUUAUGGAUCUGUGGAGGACCGCAGGUACAUGAAACACAACAUCCUAAAUGGAGAUGAAGAAUUUCAGGUCAUCGUGUCCACGUAUAACUUGGCAAUAGGAAACGACAGCGACCGCAGCCUUUUCCGGAAGUUGCGUUUGAAGUAUGCCAUCUUUGAUGAGGGUCACAUGCUGAAGAACAUGAACUCACUGCGUUACCGCCACCUCAUGGCCAUCAACGCUGAGCAUCGCUUGCUGCUGACCGGCACGCCGCUCCAGAAUAACCUAUUGGAGCUGAUGUCUCUGUUGAACUUCAUCAUGCCCUCCAUGUUCUCCAACUCCAACGCGCAGCUCUCCAAGAUGUUCUCCAUGAAAUCCCACGAGGAGCAGAGUCGUUUUGAGAAGGACCGCAUCGCUCAAGCUAAACUAAUAAUGAAACCAUUCAUCCUCCGAAGGGUGAAAAGUGAGGUCCUGCAGCAGCUGCCUGCCAAGGAAGAAAAGAUUGAGUUCUGUCCAAUGAGCGAGAAACAGAGAACGUUAUACCAGUCCCUCUUCAAGAAACUCAAAAAGUCUGAGACUGGAGAGAAGAGAGAGCUGUGUAACGUCAUGAUGCAGCUGAGGAAGAUGGCCAACCACCCUCUGCUCCACAGACAAUACUACACCACAGAGAAACUCAAAACCAUGAGCAAGCUGAUGCUUAAGGAGCCGACCCACUUCGAUGCCGAUGCGGCGCUGAUCCAGGAGGAUAUGGAGGUGAUGUCAGACUUUGAGCUUCACCGGCUCUGCCAGCAGUACUCCUCCAUCGGGUGCUACCAGCUAGACAGCCACCUGCUACUGGACUCUGGGAAGUUCAACCUCCUCACAGACCUUCUGGCCUCGCUCAAAGACGCGGGAGACAGGGUGGUGUUAUUCAGCCAGUUCACCAUGAUGCUGGACAUCGUGGAGAUUCUGUUGAGACACCUGAAGCAUCGCUACGUCAGGCUGGAUGGAUCCACACCCAUCGCUGACAGGAUAGUGUUGAUAGACGAGUACAACAACGACCAGGACAUCUUCGUGUUCCUGCUGUCGACGCGCGCCGGCGGCCUGGGCAUCAACCUGACGUCGGCCAACGCCGUCAUCCUCCACGACAUCGACUGUAACCCGUACAACGACAAGCAGGCGGAGGACCGCUGCCACAGACUGGGCCAAACCAGGACGGUGAAGGUCAUAAAGCUGAUCAGUAAGGACAGUAUUGAAGAUAACAUGCUGAGCCUGGGUCAGAAAAAACUGAAGCUGGAGCAGGACAUGACGGCAGCUGACGCAAGUGGUGAGGGGAUCAUUCCUGAGGACAUGGCCUCUUUAUUGAAGGCCUCACUGGGACUGUGAAACCUAUUUGCAUACUAACACACUUGACACAGUGUGCACUAAACUCCACACUGGCUGGUAAGGACACUCCAAAACGGGCCCAACUCUUAUUGUUCGGACAGUAUUCUCACAGAAUCGUCAUCCUGGGACAGGGUUUGGACCCCUGCUCCAUACUUGAUCCAGACAGUCAUACUGAACAAAUAUUUCAUUAUUUUUAGUGUGACCUUUUUACAAAUACUUGAAACCAGUACAUAGUCGGGAGUGGUCAGGUUGUAAGUGUGGCUUUUCAACUGGACUCGUAUGAGAAACUUGAAUGCUCUUCCUUAAAUACAAAGCUUUUAGAUCUUGGGAUCCAUCCUGAGUUGUGAUCCAACCAUGGACAUGAUGCCAUAAAGCUCCUCUGAUAUAUAUUUUUUUUUAAUGGAGAACACGUUUACAUGCUCCUGCACAGUAGCUACGUUUCCAUACCCGGAGAACUUUAAAAUAACCCAUAGUAUUUCCAUGAGCCCCCCCCCCCCCCGCUUAGAUUCUAGGGGUUGAGAUGCCAACACACUGUUGGCAUAUAUUGGACUAUACUGAACAUAUUUUAUGGUUUUGAUAUGAACCUCCUAUCUGUCUAAAGUAUAAAAAGCGGCUCAAUAGAGUGUACAUGGGGGGGAUGAGAAUAAGGCUUAGUGGGAUACUUUGGCAGGUAUUUAUCCAGUUGGAUACUGAUGAUUGAUGACAUGAAUCGUCUGACCUGUAUAAAAACAUGAUUAUGUCUUUUAUUGAUGAUUUGGAACAGUGUCACCACAACCACAAUGACGCAACUGAAAGAAUGAAAAUGUAGACUAAGGGCCAAUAAAGAAUUAAAAUGAUCGUAAGCUUUGUUAAGCAUUCGGGCGAUGGAGUGUUUGGAGGAAACUGUAUUAAGUUCUGCUGUCAUCUGACUUAAGUUUUGCUGUCAGAUGACCUAAAAUGAGUAGGCUGUAUCCCAGCAGAGCAGCUGUCUGAGGAGGGGUUGUUUCAUGUACUGUAGGACUAGCUACUGUGCUGUAUCUGUUCAACUGUGUUGCAACUUUUAUCACGUCAUUUGUAUCUUUUUGUAUGUUCUUGUUAAAAUUUAAUAAUAAAAAAAACAUGGAAUAUCAGAA